AUGGUCCAGACCAAAAUUGGUAGUGAGUUGGCCCGAGUCACAAUGGUGGACGAGUUAAACAGUGUCGUAUUUGAUCGUUUGGUUCGUCCGGAAAAUCCUGUCGAGGAUUAUGUAACUCGAUUCAGUGGUAUCACUCGGGAUAUGCUGGAGCCGGUAACGACGACCCUGUCCGAUAUACAGCGCGAAUUAGACGAACUACUUCCCCCGGACGCCAUACUUGUGGGUCACUCUAUUUCAAACGAUUUGCAAGCCAUGCGGAUCUACCACCCCUACCUGAUCGAUACCAGUGNUGUGAUAUACAAUCUGAGAGGGGCACGAGCUGCCAAAGCGAAACUGCGUUUCUUGGCGGAACACUUUCUUGGUCGAAUGAUCCAAACCGGGAUGUCUGGCCAUUCGUCAGCAGAAGAUGCAAUAGCUACCAUGGACUUGGUCCGGUUGAAGUUAAGCAAUGAUUUAUCGUUCGGCGAUGUGACUACGACAUGGCGCUUUCCUGAGGGCUACGAUCAGCACCUACCGUCCAACAAACGUCGUAAGGUAACAAAUACUCUCUCUCUCUCUCUCUACGACCUUUGUAAAACAUUCAACGUUCAAAUUUUGUAUGAUUAUUUUUCUCUCUCCUGUCUUUCUUUGGUAUAUCCCUAA